AUGGACUUGAGCCAGCAUUUCAAGUCGCUCCAGAUCACCAGGGAUCCGGCCAGGCUCGAGUCCCUCCCGGCCGAUAUCCUCCUCAUCAUCCUCUCCCACCUCGACACAGCCCAGAGCGUCGCACGUCUCGGUCUGACCUGUCGGGUACUGCACAAUGUCGUCGUAACCGUCGGCUGGCGGACCUUUGCUCGGUCCUGCUUUCCCAGCCUUGACCUUCCCGAGGUCAGCAGCGACGCAGGAUGGAGAGAGCUUGCUCGGACCCUGACCUCCCAGUCACGAGACUGGGACAGGCGUGCAUUUGUCUUUGACAAUUUCGUGCGAACAACGCCACAGCAUAGCCAGCGUAGAGGCGGACGGCGUGGUGGUGGCCGUGGCGGCGCCGCCUUUGUUGCGGCACAGACUAUACCUUGCCACAUGGUCGUGGCUGCUCACGAGACACGGGACGGGAGACGGAAUUCUGAAACAGUGAUUUGGGGAGCCGGGGAGGAUCUCGUGGCGCGCACACGUUCCCAUCGUGGUACUGCAGAGCAGGAGGAAACAUGGCACCUGUCUGAAGGUGCUCGCCAUGGUUAUACGGCUGGCAAGGAUGAUGUGACCUCUCUGUCCGUCGUGGAAGACUCAAGUCGAGCCUCUGCAGGAAAGGGCAUCGCGGCCGUAGUUGGUCGAGCCAGUGGCGAGCUGGCGUUGCUUUCACUCGACAAAGACAGCUUCGCGCAACCAGUGCUGCAUUUUCGGCCCUCGCCGGAGCAUGGCACCAAGCUCGAGCAGAGGGAGAUCCAGGCGCUUGACACGAGCAGGCAUGGCGGACUGCUUGCAAGCGCCACAAAAGACACUAUCAUGCUCUACUCCUAUAAUUCUCACGAAGAACAAGUGAACAGCAAGGCGCCAUCCUCGGAUGCCGUGGAGGAAACGCCUAGCAUCGGCCCAAAUGACUUCAUGAUCCUCCGAGACCAAGAAGGCUCGCGGCCUUUUCAGGUCAUGCGCGACGUCAAGUUUGUCGGCCACGACUUGCUCGCGGUGGGCUUGACAAGCAGUUUGGAUCCUCUACGCUACAUCACAAUCAGACCGAGUGGGCUGGACAUGGAGGCAGCAACGAAGCUAACCGGCGGGUACAUCAAAGACGAAUCCGAGAGUGGGACAGUACGAGCGAUAUUGCCAGUCGGCUCCAACACUAUGGCUGGCGGGCAUGAGAGUACCAUUCUAAGCGCGUGGGAUGACGGUACAAUCCGCCUUCAGGAUUUGCGUACUCGCCAACCAUUCGACCGCAUCUACCAAGAUCACUUUGAGCCAACAACGCCAGCCAGCUCUCUCAUCUCGUUUGGUUUCGAGCGCUUCGUCGCCGGCAGUGCGCGCGCCUCUGUCCUCAAGAUCUUUGAUUUUCGCUGGUCCGGAGGCUACCAGUACACCAACGCACUUCCGUGCAGUGACGAUCCUCCUUAUCCCGAAUCACGGUCGCCUACAAUGACCGCCGCACCCUACCAGCCUGACCUCGACCGCUGCGAUCAUUUGACCGGCUCUCGGUGCUGCUGGCAUGCCCUCUCGUCGCAUGCGUUCUAUAGACCAAACAUCAACGUCUACCUGAACGUCCGCCGCGAAUCCCCGAUCCACACGCUGGCCAAGGCCUCUGAUACCUCACCAACCUUGUAUGCCGGGCUAUCUGCCACACUUGUCGAGAUGAAUCUCAAGAAGGACGACGGCGUGCAUUUUCCCGACCAGCCCGGAGGCAGCGCUGGUCCACCUUUGCCCAAGAGUGGCCCGCUGCACCCAGCAUCUCGUGUUGGCGCUGGUAUCAUUGAGACAGGCGAUGGAUCUGUCCUGCGGGACAUUAGCGAGAGCCAGCGGGUGCCCUUGAUCAGACACCAGCAUUCGCAGCAGAGCACGUACAUGGAGUUCCCCAGCGACUCGGCGCGCAAGCGCCAUCGGCUUGACACGUGUUACCAAUACAUUGAGGACUUUACUAUAUAUUGA